CCCAGAAUUCCCGCCACUCCUCUCAGAAUCAGAGCCGAUAUGCAUCGGACGAGGAAGAUCUUGACAGUCUCAGCGACGAUACGGCCAUGAGCAUUGGCUCGUUGGAUGAUCUAACCGAUAACCCCGAUCUGGACAACCAUGACUGGGUUGAGGAGCUUGGAGAUGUCAUCCAGGAUAUUCUGGACCGCAAGCGUAGUAGUAAUCUGAGUCGCGAAGAGGCCUACGCUGCGUUCUGCCGACUGGCUAAGUAUCACUAUGUCGAGGAACAGAUUCGCGGUCGCGUUCUCGACUUGGUAGCGGCAUUCAACCGCAGUAUCAAGUUCGAGACCAGUGUGCGCGAAACGACCCUGGCGCUUCGUGCCGUUGAGCUCCUCGCCAUCUCAGCCUACGACAAUACGAUCUACGAGCAUGUCGAGCCCCUGCUUACCCGCACCGUGCGAGAUUCAACCUCCAACACGGUCAAGGCAGCGGCGAUUCACUGUCUGGGCGUCUGCACCAUCCAUGCAGGCGCUAGCGAAGAUGGGAUCCUCGACCAGAUGACGUUCUUCUUGGACAUCGCUGCCUCCGACGGGCAGUCGAUCGGUGCCGGGGACGACGCGGCCAGUGUUGUUGCUGCCCUGCAAGAAUGGGGCGUGCUCGCGACCUAUAUCGACGAUCUUGAAGGCGAAAGCGAGGACGCCGUGCAGAUCUUCAUGGACCAGCUGAACAGUGGUGAUUCAGCGGUCCAAAUUGCUGCCGGCGAGAACAUCGCGCUCUUGUACGAGAAGAGUUACACCCCACAGGAGGACGAUGAGGACGAGGAGGACGAGGAAGAAGAAUCGGAAGAGGAAACAUUCCUGUCUGGAGGUCGCGGCAACGGCCCCAAGUUGAUCAAGCGCUACAACGCCUACCACAACACGCACGAGCUUGAACAGCAACUGCAUUCGCUUGCUAAAGUCCACAGCAAACGGAUCAGCAAGCGCGAUAAGAAGAGUCUACACAGCAACUUCGCCUCUAUCCUAACGACGGUGGAGAAUCCCCGACGGGGACCCAUGUACAACACCGCUAUCGACCAAGACACCAACCGCCACUACGGCAGCAAGCUGACGGUCAAAAUCGGCCGACAGGGCGUGAUGAACAUCGAUCGCUGGUGGAAAUGGACGCGGCUGAGCUCGCUUCGACGCACCCUGCAGGGCGGCUUCGCGGCGCACUACUACCAAGGCAACCGCGCCGUGCUGGAAAGCCUUCCGGUGAUCAUGCGCAUGGACACGCCGUCGGACCGAGGGUAUGCCAAGCGCACGGCCAAACAUCGGGAUAGUCGUCGGUGGGCGGUCCACGAGGCCUCGGACGAGGAUUAGAGAGCCAUGUGACACAUUCAUCAUUUGUUUUACUGGGUUUUUAAAGCUUGAUUCCCUGUUGCGUUAGAUUUAUUGCAGCGGGUGUUUUGUGAUUUCUUCCCUGUUAUUAUGCAUUUUGACUUUGUACCCCGUUUCUAGAACACAGAAACAGACGCGGAUAUCACUUGCCCGCAGGUAUCUCGCAGUGUGAUAGAAACGAAUAAAAGCAUACAUUCCGUCCAUACAUACUUGUCUAUAACUAUGUAUAGGAAUUAUUUGCAGUUAUUAAUUAUUGCUAUAUGAUAGUUCCAGUUAACUAGUGUACAUAAUGCUAACUAAGUACGUUACUGUUCACUAUUCAAUACAUAACUGUAUCUAGAUCCAUAACG